UCGCGUCUCUUUCGUAUCUUCUUUUCCGGCCGCAGAAGCAACUCGCUAUUCGGUUCCUUUUCCUAGCGAUCGCCCUUGUCCUCGAAGGGUGAAGCGGAGGAGCCGAGGGAUCGGAUUCCCAUUUGGAUUGCGACUGCACCUUCUCUCCGGCCUCGUUGUUGGCGAGUGACUCGAGGGGAUUUGGGAAGAUGUUGGACGUUUCUAGGGUUCAGAAGGAGUUAGUGGAGUGCAACCGCGAUGAAUCCAUUUCCGGCGUCAGCAUCUCCCUCGCCGACGGAGGGACCGAUCUGUCGCACCUCCGUGGCACCAUCUCCGGCCCCGUCGACACUCCCUACCAGGGCGGCACCUUCGUCAUCGAUAUCCGAUUAACCAGUGGCUAUCCCUUUGAGCCUCCUAAAAUGCAAUUCGUUACAAAAGUUUGGCACCCAAACAUUAGUAGUCAAAAUGGGGCCAUAUGCUUGGACAUUCUCAAGGAUCAGUGGAGUCCUGCCCUCACAUUAAAAACAGCUUUACUUUCUCUGCAAGCUCUACUCUCAGCGCCUGCUCCUGAUGACCCCCAAGAUGCUGUUGUCGCCAAGCAGUAUCUGCGAGAGUACAACACAUUUCUGGCUACAGCUCGGUAUUGGACAGAAGCAUUUGCUAAAGGGUCAUCUUCUGGCAUCGAAGAAAAGGUUCAGAAGCUAGUGGAAAUGGGUUUCCCAGAGAACCUGGUGAGGAGCACGCUGAAGAGUGUCAAUGGCGAUGAGAACCUGGCUCUCGAAAAGCUUUGCUCUUGAAAGGCUUUGCUCCCGAUCGGACCUCAUCUAUCUUACUUUCUGUAAAGCAUGCAUCCAAAUGGGUAAACCAUAGACAACUCUAUUCAUCUUAGAUGGUCCGUAUAAACUCUAUACGAAAAUGAUCAAAUUGUCGAAAGCUUGUUUCAAUUUCAUAGGUUUGCCUCUUUUAUGGGCUAGUGAUAUUGUUGGUUUAAAGUUUCUGACUAAUCAAGCAUUUUGAAGUUGAGAUAACCUUUUUUAGUUCA